UGGUUUUUUCUCAUUCGCUUCUGUUUCCUCUACGCCGGGCACGUUUUUCGCGUAUUUUCACCGACAUAAACAAAAGCUAUUUAUAUUGCCAAUUGGCCAAACAAGAGAGGCGAGCAAAGUGCGGCAGUAAAAUGCUUUGUUUUAUUCGGCCGCCGCAGAAGUUUCCCGUUUUCGAGUGCGUGUGGUUGUGGAUGUUGGCCAAAAACGAGGCUGCGGCCAAUUAAUUCAAAGAAGCAGCAGUAGCAGCAGCAGCAGAAGAGGAAGCACACGAUUUAUUAAGCAGUUUUGGCUGCCAAAAAUCCAAGAAAACCCAAGGGGCUCACUCUCAACGCCUGCAUACCAGAGGGAAACGUGGCUCUGUCGAGAGUUCCAAGGAUAUCUUACAGUUUCCCGAAAACAGGACAUGCUGUGAGAAUCUAAAAACGUAAUAUCAGUGAAUUUUUCCUAAAUACUUGCACUGCCUCAAGGUGGGAAGACAAAAGCCACACCCGGAACAGAUACUAAUUUAUAGAUACUAGCUUCAAGAGCCAAGAAUGCGGCGGCUAAUGGGGUCAGCUGUUGUAAACAACCAUUACGAUCUGAUUAACUUAAUGUUGUAGAUGCAGCCACAAUUAGUUUUCACAACAAUGGACUGAUGCGAACAGUUGUCGGCCGAUGUCUGCCAAAAAAAAAAAAAGGAAAAACGAAAUAAAGCAAAAAAGGAAGGGCAACAUCAUCAGCAAAAGAGCAAGAGCAACAAAUUGCUAGUAUCCCAGCAGCAACAACAACAAUAGCAGCAACAUAAGCAUGCAGCAGCGGCCCGGUCGUAUCAACAACAUUUGGGCUAGAAUUGAGCAAUUUGCCAGUGUUGCGGCUGCCGUGGCGUAUACGUAAUAUUAAAAAUAGGUGAUAGCGCCCCAGGCUGCAGGCUGCAACAGGAUGAACAAGCGCAACGUAAUUAUAGGAGGCAUCGUGGCCAGCCUCCUGGGCCUGGUGCUGGGCGUUAACUUCUACUUCAUGUACUACCUGAGCGCCGAGGAGGGUCAUCUGGCCAGCGUACGGGCGCUGGAGAAUAUGAUCCGGCACAAGAUGCGGCACCUGAAGCCCGCCUACCUCAAUCGUAAUCCCCGCUUCUUCAUGUUCCGCAACAAGCUGCUGAAGAACUACAAGGCAGCGCCGUACGAGAACGCCAGCGUUCUCUGGGACAUUGCCAAUUGGUGGCCGCAAGAGAACGAAGUGUAUCCCAUGUACGACUCCUCGAUGGGUCAGCUUUUGGAGACGCUGCGUCGCGAGCCAAUUACACGGGUAAGCAACCUGGCGCGGGGCACACAGCUGAAGCUUCUGGUGCGACUGUCCCAGCAGCAAAAGGUGAUCUUCAAGCCACAGUGGUAUCCGCGGGACGAGGUUAUCGAGGGAGUGGUGUACAGCGGCAAGGAUCGGCACACGGCGGAGGUGUAUGCCUUCUAUCUGGGCGCCGUGCUCGACCUGCGAUGGACUCCCAUCGUUGUGGGUCGUGUGGUGAACCUAAAGAGGGAGAUCUAUGCCAACGGUGACCCGGAACUCCAGCACACCAUCAACAUAGAGACGGAUGAGGAUGGCAGGGAGAGGUAUUGUUUGUACGGGAAGUGCCACUACUGCAACGAGGAGGAGACUGUCUGCGGCGAUGAGAGGCACAACAUCGAAGGCGUACUUAUCUACAUUGUGCCAGGCACGCUGGCCAAACGGCGAUCUCCGUGGCAGCGUACCUACAAAGACGACAAGCGGGCGCCUUGGGAGGACGACAUGACCUACUGCAAGUCGCUGAAGAACAAAAUGGAGACGAUCCGCCUGUUGGAUCUUAUAGAUGUGGCCAUCUUCGAUUAUCUUAUACAGAAUGGAGAUCGCCAUCACUACGAGACGCGGGAGGAGCGCGUGGUGCUCAUUGACAAUGGCAAGGCCUUCGGUAAUCCGAACAAGGACCAUUUGGAUAUACUGGCGCCCCUCUACCAGUGCUGCCUCCUUCGCAAGUCCACUUGGGAUCGCCUUCAGGUUUUUUCCGGCGGCGUGCUGACGGAAAUUGUUGAUCGGCUGUCCAAACAGGAUGCUUUGUAUCCUCUUAUAACGGACAAGCAUAAAAAGGGAAUUGAACGAAGGCUCUUGGUUGUGUAUGCGGUUGUGGAACACUGUAUGGACAUUGAAGGCGAAAAAAUGUUCAAAACUCUUUAGGAUUCCCCCAAAUAUCAGCUGAAACGGAAGCCAGAAUUUCAGGAUCUUCCCGUUGUCACUUUCCACAUCCUUCUUAAGAAGUUAGCUAAAGUUAGAUAGAGAAGCUUAUUCAAUAAUAUUAGUAAAUUUUUAUUGCUGCGAUGGCUGUCACCUAUUCAAAUGUUUCCUUUUAGAAUUAAGACAUUCUAUUGGCCCUUUUUAAAUAGUUUUUAAGUAGGGAUGACAACAUAUUAAUCGAUAUUUGAUGGAAGAGUGUAUAUGAAAAUUUAUCCAACCGAAAUGUAUGUAAUGCUCGCAUAUCUCCUAAAGGUGAACAAGUUUUUUUAAGUCUUUCUAUAUUUUUUCUUUAUUUUUCUUUUCUGAUAUUAUCUCAGUCCAAGCUCAAUUGAAAUGUAAACCGAACCCCAAAAACAUAUCCGAUAGCCUACUUGUAGAUAUCGUUGUUAUUAAAUAGGUAUAUUAUAGAUAUUUUCCAAAUUUAAGAAUAUAUUUUUGUAACGAAAAACGUGUACAAAAUUCAAAAUAAACUUCAAAUCAAGUGCA